GGCGCUCUGACGUCAUCAGCAUGCGCACAAACCACAUGGCUUGUUGGCAAAUUUAGUUCGGUAUGCGAUUUGGUUAACAAGCUAUAAUUUCUUCACAAUAGAGAGCCAUUUUUUUUACAAGUGGUUGUUUUACAUCAUGAGUUCUCAGAUUACAUGUGUCGGAUGGGUGAAGCGAGGCGCUGCCAAGGAAACCCCGGAUAAAGUUGAGUUGAGCCAGGAGGAGCUGCAACGGAUCAUCAAUGAGGCAAAAGAGGAGCUGGGGGCACAAGCAGCAGAUGAAGAGGAAGAGGAGGAUGGCGGCAUUGUUGCAGACGAGGAUGUUGGCGAUGUUGCCAAAGUGCAAAAUGAAGACGAGGAUGAACUUGCGGAAUACGGCUUGGAUAAAUAUGAUGAAGAAGAUAUAGUGGCAUCCAACCUCGGUGACAGCCUGGCAGGUCUCACCGUCUUCAGCUCAAAUGAAGAAGACCCUUACAUCACGCUCAAAGACACUGAUCAAUAUGAGCGAGAUGACUUCCAAAUUAAGCCCACCGACAACCUCGUCCUGUGCGGCAAGGCUGACAAGGACUGCUGCAACCUGGAAGUCUAUGUGUACAAUGCUGAGGAGGACUCUCUGUACGUGCACCACGACAUCCUGUUGCCAGCAUACCCGCUAAGCAUCGAGUGGCUCAACUUUGAUCCAAACCCCGAGGAAGCUCGAUCCAACUACGCCGCAGUGGGCAAUAUGACGCCGCAGAUCGACGUGUGGGACCUGGAUGUGGUGGACUGCCUGGAGCCCGUCUUCUCGUUGGGCAGCAAAAAGGCGGGCAAGAAGAAAAAGAGCAAGAAGGGUGCAUCAGCAGAGCUUGCGGAGGGACACACCGAUGCCGUGUUGGAUUUAUCCUGGAACAAACUGGUCAGGAAUGUCCUGGCCAGCGGCUCGGCGGAUGAGACGGUCAUUUUGUGGGAUCUGAGUCAAGGCAAACCCGCAACCACGCUGCGCAGACACACCGAUAAAGUUCAGACGUUGACUUUCCACCCGUUUGAGGCACAGACUCUCCUGUCGGGAUCAUAUGACAAGACGGCUCUAUUGUACGACUGCCGCAGCCCGGAGGGCUGCCGCUCCUGGCGAUUCAGCGCUCAAGUCGAGCGCCUGGUGUGGAACCAUUUUUCACCGUGUAACUUCCUGGCCAGCACAGAGGACGGCUUUGUGUACUGUCUGGACGCUCGUGCCGAUAAACCCGUUUUCACACUCAAGGCACAUGACGACGAAGUGUCAGGUUUGGAUCUCAGCAGCCAGAUUAAAGGCUGCUUGGUCACAUCGUCGGCAGACAAGCAUGUCAAGGUCUGGGACGUUUUGGGCGACAAACCAAUUCUGGUGCAUUCGAGGGACAUGAAAAUGGGCGUAGUCUUCUGUGCGGCGUGUUGUCCCGAUCGGCCCUUCACUUACGCUUUCGGGGGACAGAGAGACGGCUUGCGGGUUUGGGAUAUCAGCGAUGUUGCAGCAGUGGCUUCAGUGUUCGGCAGUCGGGAGCGCCUGGUGGUGAACGCGGGAUCGGAAACAUCCAGCGCUGCCGCCGCAGCAGGGAUGGACACCUCGUAGUGGGAUCACAGGUCACAUCUUUAAGUGCGUUCAUUUUGUUAGAGUCGCCAGUUGGUUGGUGAAAGCGUAAAUUGUUUUGUACAUUUUCAGAAAUGCCAAUCUAUUAUGGCAUAUAUAUUGACUGCCAUAAGUGUUAAACCUUGAUUCUGUAUGUCCAGUGUAUAAAUACAGUUUUUGAAUAUUCUGACUUCA